AGACACGGAGCAGAGGUGGAGAUGGAUGGAAGUGAAACAUCACACAGUUCUGGGCUGAAUGACUUCUUACUGAGAAGCAGUGUGUCUUCUGGAUCACGAUCAAUGGAUGUGAUCAUUUACUUAAUUAAUGACGAGGUGAUACAACUUACAGUAGAUGGGCUUUCAGUCAUCACCGCACAUGAACUACACAAGUCCAUACGCGAGGCUCUGCAACUACCCGAAACUGCUCAGGAUGUCUUUGCUUUAUGGCUCAUCUCACCUCUCCUGGAGGUGCAAUUAAAACCAAAGCAUCAGCCAUACAAAGUUUGCAGACAGUGGCAUGAUCUCUUGGCUCGCUUCACAAACUGUUCUUCCAAUGACAUUCUCCAAGAUGAACCAUAUCUGCAGUUCCGAAGAAAUAUAUUCUUACCGAAAGCUCGGGAACUUCAGAUUUCUCAUGAACGUAUCUUGUAUCUUCUCUACGAGGAAGCAAAAUACAAUGUCCUGGAAGGGAGGUACCCAUGUGAUGUAGAGGACUGCGAGGUGUUGGGUGGCCUGGCCUGUAGGCUAGAGUUGGGGCCAUACAAUCAGAAUGAACACACCCCUGCUACUAUAAGACCCAAGCUAGAUACCUUGUUCCCUCCGUAUCUAUGCAAGAAGAGGAAUGGAGGCUUGCUAACCACUUUCAAAAACAGGGGAGGGCGCCAGGCAAGUUUUGAGCAGACUGUGCUGAAUACAUACAAAGAAGUGAAAGAAACCAGUGCAUGCACCGAUGAACAGGCCAUGAAGAACCACUACAAAGAAUAUCUGAAAAAAUGUCAUGAACUCCCAUACUAUGGAUGUGCCUUUUUUCAGGGAGACGUUGACAAGCCUGCUCAAGGAUUCCUGAACAGGAGUGGGCGGAAGGCUGUGUCAGUGUCUGUUAAUCUGGAGGGAGUGUCUGUUAUUGACAGAAAAGAAAAGCAUGUGCUAAUAAGUCUGACCUACCCCGAGUUAUCCUGGGAUCAUACGUACCCUGACGAGGAUGAGCAUAUCCUGUGGCUGGAGUUUGAUGGCGAAAGUGAAGGGACACCAGUGAACAAGCUGCUGAAAAUAUAUUCAAAGCAGGCAGAACUAAUGAGCGGACUAAUUGAAUACUGCAUAGAGCUCAGCCAGUCAACUGAGUCACCAGCCUCAGACUCCACACCUGGGAAUUCUCAACUUUCUGAGAAGCGAUCCAAACUGAAGAGACAAGAGAGCGUCCUUUGUAACCGCAUGAAACACCUCACCACUAUAGACUAUGUUGAAGAUGGUGCUAAAAUCACACGUGUGAAGCCCAAAAGAACGGCUUCAUUCUUUACUCGCCAAAAUACCCACAACUACUCAGCUGUGCAGCCGUCUGAAACGCCAACAGAAAGCUGACCCUUGUCAAGAAGAAUCCAGUGCUCAACCAAAGACACCAGAACUCACCAAUACGUUUCAAGGACAAUAUCGACGGACCAAGUAAAUCAAUCAAGUAGUCCUAAGUGGCAUUUCAGAACUCAUUCGGUCCUUGGUGACCGACCUUCCACUUUAUAGCCAAAUGAUGCAUUACUGUAUAUACUUGGCCUUGUUCUUAUAUCUUGUGGUGCCCAUUAGUAGAAAUGUAUGAUUGUUGGGAGAAACUAGAUACUUCCACUGGAUAUUGCUGUCCUGUUGGCAUAUAGCUCUAUAUGGCACAAAUGGUCUAUAUCAUAAAGGACACGCAUGAAGACAUGCUCUACAUGAUUAAGAAACUGAUGCAAUUAUUUAGUUCUACAAAAUCCGGAGCAAGCAUGUUCUUGGUUUAUCUCUUAUGCAAUUUACCAAAUACUCAUACUGAACUCUUUAAACCUUGCUAAAAACGAUGUACCAAGGAUACCCAACCUGCAAUCUAGCUAUUGAAUAGCAAUGCUUGUUUAGGAAACUGGUAGGUUACAGUUUGGAUGUCUACAUAAAACAAUAUUUAGUCAAAUUUACCCUACAUUUGCACUUUUUGGCACAUAGGAGAGUCCACCUAAUCAGUUUCUACUUAGCUUGAAUUUAUUUGUAUUGAGCUUAAAGGCCUUGAACUGGGGUUACACAGAUUUCUUAUAGCCAGCCAAGGAGAACUAAAGCUGAACUAAAGAAGUAGCUAGAAAUGUUGUACAUUAUGUUUUGGGUUUCUGUAUCAGCCAGAGGCAACCACAGCCCUUUAGCAGGGAAGAUCUGUGCCCCCAAAGAUGCCUCAGUAGCUCCCCAUCUUCUUUUCUGCUGAUUCACUGCACAUGCUCUGUGCUGCUGUCACUUACUGAAUUUAGGGACCCACAAUAUACAGUACACAUAGAAUAGAAAUGUCACAAUAUAAGGCUGAUUAGUAAUUAAUACAGAUAAUUACUACAUGGCAGCACAGAAACCAGUGCAAUUAGCAUCAGAAUUUAAUAAUCAGCCCUGUAGCAUCAGCUUAUAUUACAGACAAACCUCAUUUUCUGCUUGAUAAUUUGCAACGACCCCUAAGCUUAGUUUCUCAACAGCUGCUCAGAGCCCACUGAGCAUGUGAGUGUCAGACACUUUCCAAGAUGGUGACCCCCUGUGACAAGUUUGAAGUCCUGGAUCAUUUCUGCUAUUGAGAAGCUAAAACUUUAGGCUGGUGCAAUAAGUUGAGAAUAUAUUGGCUGUAUUAAUUUUUAGGGUUUAGUUUUCCUUUAACACUUAAUUCUUAAGACUUCAGUGACACCAAGAGGUACGACAAAUUGCAUUGGUUUAAUAUUUUAGCUGAGGGCCCUAACGAGAUGAUCUAAACAGAUUUGCGAUGAAGGCGCUGCUCCUAACUUGUCUACUUAUACCCUAUACAGGGAAGUAGUCAAAUUUUGUGAGUUAUCUGUGAGAUGGAUAGGAAGAUGGCAUCACAAUAUGACUGAUUCUCAGUAAAGCUGAAGGCUGCCCAGUGAUAUUGGUGAAUACUUAGAUUAAUUGUAUUAGACAUGGACAAACGUUUCCAGUUAUUAUAUAAGCCCAAUGGAACCACACAAUAUAUAAAUCUCUUGUCAAAAGAAAAAAAACAAAAAACAUUGUUUUGCUCAUAGAUCUGCAGAUACGGCAACAUCCGUUUCAUAUAGUCACUGCUUCCCUCAAGGGAAACCAAUUUGUACUGAUAAUCACAUUUAAACACACUCGGCUCACUUCCCAGUCAAUAGAGAUUGAUGGUUAUUAAUUUUUCCCAUGCAGAAACAUACUUGGGUUAUUUAUAAACAAAUUGGGAGCUGUCGUGUAUACCCUGUGAUUACUAGGUGGUUCUUUAUUAACCUACAGGUACUCGGUCAUACCUAGUUUUCAUGAUGAUAAUCUAUUCUGUACACAGCAGUGCUUAUUACCACCAGAGAUAACUUACCUUAAUCAGUGCAGUUAUCUAUAUCAACCCAUCAGCAAUUACCUUUGAUUGGUCUGCAAGCUUUUGCAAAGGUCUGGUUGCUAUGAGUUAUUGCACUGGUACAGUUUUUCACGUAUACUAAUGUUUGUCCCUAUAUUUACCUCUUAAUUAGCUGCAUAGUUUAAUGCACAUUAAAACUUUUAUAUAAAUGUUCCUAUUUUCUUCUACAAAUCUUGAGUGACCACUAUGAAAUUGUGAUCUCCACUGCUCCGUCCUUUGACUGCAGUCCCUAACAGGGUGUUUUUGUAAGAUUUGUGUGUUCUACGUUCUGUAAACACUUUGCUUUUCUAGUGCCUUUUCUGAAUAGAUUGUAUGUGCCUUCACAAAAUGCCUGUUGUUUAAAAUCGUAACAUCAAUAUUUAUAUUUUUAUACUACAUCCUUUGUACUAACAGCAUUUUGAACAAUAAAAGAGAAUUUGCUACAA